AGAGAGACAGAGAGAGAAAGAGAGAGAGAGAAAGAGAGCAGUGUUUCUCUAUUGGAGAGUCUGCUGUCUGAACGCACAGCCGCUAAACUACACCUCCAGGCCGACCAGCGACCGGCCGCCGCCGCGCUCCCCGCAUGGAGGACUCUUUCUCCCGGUAAACACCCGCUCGGGCCGCGGCUGAUCUCCGCUUAAGGGCCAGAUCUGAUUUCCGACUUCGUUUAUUGCUCUGCUCGAGGCAACAGCAGCGAUGGAGAUGAGUGUGUGUGCGGUGUGAUCGCGGGCCGUCAUGUCCCAGAUGCUCCACAUGGAGGUCCCGAAUUUCGGCAGUAUGGUGCUGGGCUGCCUGAACGAGCAGCGUCUGCAGGGCCAGUACUGCGACGUCUCCAUCCUGGUGAAGGGUCAGGCGUUUAAGGCCCACCGCGCCGUCCUGGCCGCCAGCAGCCUGUAUUUCCGCGAUCUGUUCAGCGGCAGCAGCAAAACACAGUUCGAGCUGCCGUCCUCCGUCACGCCGGCCUGCUUCCAGCAGAUCCUCAGCUUCUGCUACACUGGGAAACUCACCAUGGCGGCCAGCGAGCAGUUAGUAGUGAUGUACACGGCCGGAUACCUGCAGAUCCAGCAUAUCGUGGAGCGCGGCAUGGAUCUGAUGUUCAAGGCUAACUCUCCGCACUGUGAUUCGGCCACCGCCGCAAUGGAGGAGCCCAAUUCUGGCCCGCAGAGUCCCAGCAACAACCCAUCGGGCCUACCGUCGGGCUGGUCGGCUUCACACCCGCGCAGGAUUAAGCUGGAGGAGCCGCUGAUGAAGCGAGCGUGUGUUGGAGACGGGACGCGGUCGGCUCGGGGAGUGUUUGCAGCCGUAGCUCCAUCAUAUCUGGGAGAACGCUCCAGUCCUGGAGCCUCCAGCCUUCCCACCACUGACAGCCCCACAUCAUAUCAGAACGAGGAUGAGGAGUUCGAGGAGGAGGCCUUCGACACCGACGACACCUACAGCCAGCUCUGCGGACGCUCCGCCAACCCCUACGGAGUGCUGGAGAAGCCGGAGAUGGCGGUGAUGCCGGUGUCUCUGGACAGCCGCUCCAGUGUGUUGAUCCGCCGGGAUCUGGUGGCUCUUCCUGCCAGUCUGAUCAGUCAGAUCGGGUACCGCUGCCACCCCAAACUCUACACGGAAGGUGAACCGGGAGAGAAACUGGAGCUGGUGGGAGGUACAGGUGUGUUUAUGACGCGAGGGCAGCUGAUGAAUUGUCAUCUGUGUGCUGGAGUCAAACACAAGGUGCUUCUGCGGAGACUCCUGGCCACCUUCUUCGACAGGAACACACUGGCCAACAGCUGCGGGACUGGGAUCCGCUCCUCCACCAGUGACCCCAGCCGAAAACCACUGGACAGUCGAGUGCUGAACGCCGUCAAACUUUACUGCCAGAACUUUGCGCCCAGCUUUAAGGAGAGUGAGAUGAAUGUGAUCGCGGCUGACAUGUGCACUAAUGCGCGGCGCGUGCGCAAGCGCUGGCUGCCCAAGAUCCAGUCCAUGCUGCCGGACGGGAUGGAAGUGUACCAGAGCUCGGGUGCGGGACCGUGUGCAGGAGCGGGUCUGGGUGUUCCGCUGCCCUUCGAGAUGGACUUUAAAAACCUGCUUCCUUCAGGCCUGAAUCUGGAGCCGCGGCUGUACGGCGAGCGCAGGGAGCCCAGCAGGACUGACCCGCCGCUGGACGGAGAUCCACAGCAGCACACUGGAGACCCAGAGGAGGCCCUGGGGGAGGGGUUUAGCCAGAGCGAAGGAGGGGCUGAGGAGGCCACACCCCCUGAUGGACAGCAGGAGGAGGAGGAGUUUGUUAAUGAGCUAAGAGUGAACAGACCGUGAGGAGCUGCUCAGACUGAAGGAGAAACACACAUCUCUUUGCACACACACAUGCAUAAUCACACACACCUAUACAGACACAUCUGUACACAAACAUAUAUAGACACAUACAUACACACAAACACAUAUAUACACUCAUACACAUAAAUACAUGCGUACAUAUAUAUUUACAGACAUACAAACAUGAAGACAGACACACACACAUAUAUAUAUUUACAUAGACACACACACACACACACGUAUGUACACACGUGCAUGCACGCAAAUAAAUAUAUACACAGACCUAUGCAUUCACAUUUGUACACAAACACAUAUAUACACGCAUACACAUACAUUUACACACAUACAUACACACACACGUAUACAUACACAUUUGUAUGCAUACACGUACAUAGACACACACAUACACAAUAUAUACACACAUGCAUACACACACACACCUAUACAUUCACAUUUGUACACAAACACACACACACGCACACACACACACACACACACACAUCCAGUAAACAGUCUGCAGGAUCAUGAGCUGUGGUGGUGAAAUGAAGCCGGCACUGCAGCAGAUGACCUUCAUUGUGAAACUCGAAUAUCACCUUCUGCUUUUUAUCCGUUCUUCAGAUCACUUUGCUAUAAAUACAUCUCAAAUCUCUCCCAAAACCAUGACCAGAUCAGCUUACAGGCCAAAACUCAAGAGGAGCAGAGGGAGGAUCUACAGGAUACAGUUAGCAGAAAUCAGAUCAAGCAUGUAAAUGAACGUAACAUAAAGCGAAUCUUUCCAAAGUUCACCAAAAUCCCAAGUUUUGUGAGUUUGCCGCGUUUAAAUCAAGAUAUUAGAGCAGCUGAAUGUAGUAUUGGUAACCUAGCAACUGACAUUCAUUCAUUCAUUCAUUCAUUUUCUUUCGGCUCUAUUACAGAGGUCGCCACAGCGGAAUGAACCGCCAACUAUUACAGCAUAUGUUUUACACAGCGGAUGACCUUCCAGCCGCAACCCAGUACUGGGAAACACACACACACACACUCUUACACUAUAGCCAUUUUAGUUUAGUAGGCCCAAUUUCACACUUCCGGGUUUCUCAGUAGGGGAAACUGAGUGAACAGUGAAUGGGAGAAUACAACAGAACUUUCUUUUACAAUCUUAUUUGCUCAAAUAAUGACAGAAUAACUCCACGAUGGGGUUAUAAAGGCUUUCAGAAAAAGGGAAGAGAUUGUGUGAGACUGAUGACGGCAGCGAGAGGAGAGAAUAACCUCAUAUUUGCUGUCCUGUCCUAUAGACGCUGCAUUAGAAACACAGGCGGUAAUUUCUUUUUUGUAAUUUAAAGCAAAGAUGAUAUAAUACACACAUAAAUACAUAUAAAUGUUCAUACAUUUAAAAUAUAUAUAUAUAUAUAUAUUAAAAACUUUAAAGGAUUUAAGAUGCUGAUGACUGUUAAACGCGUCAUAACAGGCUUGAGAAAAGCGCCUAUAGCGCAUGUGUUUGGGCUGUGGGGGAAACUGGAGCACCCGGAGGAAACCCACACCAACACGGGGAGAACAUGCAAACUCCACACAGAAACACUUACUGACCCAGCUGGGACUCAAACCUGUGACCUUCUUGCUGUGACGCCACAGUGCUAACCACUGAGCCACCAUGUCACUCUAAAUGGGUUAGGGUUGGGCGAUGUCGACCAAUUUGGCAUUGUACAAUAUCUAAUGUGAAACAGAGGGAAGAACGAUGGCAUCUGAUCUGGUCAUGCUUUGUUGAGCUUCAUCUCUAAUUCUAGAAGAUUCUGUUUGUUUAUUGGAUCGUUUAGAGCUCAAAUUAAGCAUUUUCUGAUAUUUAAAGGGACAGUUCACCUAUUUCUUCAUCCUCCACUUGUUCCAAACCUGUGUGUGUUUCUGUCGAACACAAAUGAAGAUGUUCUGAAGAAUGCUGGAAAAACACAUGUUCAUGUCGGGGCCUGUGGCGUAGUGGAAAGUGCACCGCCACAUGCACUCCAGUGUUCACGGCGACCCGGGUUCUAUUUCCACCUUGAGGUCCUGCUGAUCCUUCCCCUCUCUCUGCUUCUCACACUUUCCUGUUAAUUCUCUCUACUGUCCUGUCAAAUAAAAGUGAAAACCCCUGAAAAAAUAAUAAUAAUAACUAACAGUAUUUGGGGUUUCUGCUGUUGAUGUCAGAGGUCAACAUUCUUCAGAGUAUCUUCAUUUGUGUUAAACAGAGGAUGAAAGUUUAGAAACUCUUAAGUGUGAGUCAAUAGUCAUUUUUUCAGUGUACUGUCCCUUUAAGAGCUGCAGUUUUCAGUGUUUUCACACACUCACACGCACACACAUACUCACAUGUUUACACACAUGCAAUACUGCACAUACGCAAAUUAACACACUCUCACACAUGCACACACACAAUACUGUAUACAUGCACACACACACACUCACACAAAUGCACACACUCAAACACGAACUCACACACACAUACACAAAUAUACAGACACUCUCACACUUAUACUCUCUCAAACACACACACACACACUCUAAUAUGCACACACAAGCACACACACACACACCCAAUACUGUACACAUACACACAUACUGUAAACUCUCUUUUAAACACACACACACUCAGUCUCACACCUGUACACAUGCACAUAAACAACCACACACACACAGUACUGUUCAUAUACACAUACACAGACAAACACACACACUCUUUCCCACACAUGCAGUACUGUACACAUGCACCUAAAGACACACACACACACACACACACACACACUAGAAUUCACUCUCUCCUGCUUGCAUGCCAAAUCAGAGCCAGAUCACUUCAGCCUCUAUAAUCUGCAUUCCUGAACUACCAACAGAAUCUGCUGAUCUGGAGUCAGUCCGUCUGCAGGAUCUGCUGAUCUGGAGUCAGUCCGUCUGCAGGAUCUGCUGAUCUGGAGUCAGUCUGUACAGGAUCUGCUGAUCUGGAGUCAGUCUGUGCAGCAUCUGCUGAUCUGGAGUCAGUCUGUGCAGGAUCUGCUGAUCUGGAGUCAGUCCGUCUGCAGGAUCUGCUGAUCUGGAGUCAGUCU